CACACGCAGGGAGCAAGAGGGAGGGAGGGUUCAGUCAUCGGCGAAGAAGAAGAUGGGUGGAGGAGGAGAAGAGAAGCGCCAUCAGAUGAUGCAAAACCUCUUCGGCGAUCAGUCCGAGGAGGAAGAAGAAGACCUCGAUUCCGAACACGAAUCUAAUCCCCACCCCGACGACACCGCCGCCAUCGACAACAACAGCCACCACUACGCCUCCGACGAAGGCGAGGGAGGUGUGGAGCCCGAGGUUGAGGGGGAAGGAGAAGCUGAGGUGGAUGUGGAGGGUCACGGCGAGGUGGAAAUCGAGAGCGAAGGGGAGGGGGAUGCUCCUGAUCACGGAGAGAGCGAAGCCGAGAGGGAUCAGACUUCGCAGGAGGUGGAGGUGGAGGCUGCUGAUCAGAGAGAAGAAGAGAGCGAUGCCAGAGGCACCGACAGUGACGCGAAGGAGGAGGAAGAGGAGGAAGAGGAAGAAGACGACGAAUAUGGGCAGAGAGUAGUUACUAGCAAGCACAGGGGCGCCGUCGUUGAGAGCGGAUCCGAGGAGAACCGUUACCAUGAGAAUGAGAAUGAGAAUGAAGAUGAGGAAGUUGAUGAAGCUAGGAGUCCAAGUGGAUCUCCCCGAGAGGACAAAGAUCAGAUUCGUGAUUCUGCUCCUGAAAUUCGUGAUGUAUUUGGGGAUUUUGACGAUGAUGAAGAGGAGGAUGGAUAUGCAGUUCAUCAUGACAUUGAACAUGACUCAAAUAGAUCCCCUGUUGAAGAAGAGGGCUAUGAAAAAGGCCUGAGGCCAGAGGAUAUACUUGCAGAUGAAGAUAAUAGGUAUGGGUCAGAAGAGGAAAAUUAUGAGAUGAAAACUAAAGAGAAACCACUUGGGCCACCAUUGGAGUUAGAGGUUCCACUGCAACCACCUCCAGCUCUUCCAGAAAAGAUGAACAUGAUUAAAGUUUCUAAUAUUAUGGGUGUUGACCCAAAACCAUUUGAUCCUAAAACAUAUGUGGAAGAGGAUACCUUUGUAACUGAUGAGUCUGGAGCUAAGAAACGCAUACGCUUGGAGAGCAAUAUUGUGCGAUGGAGGACUGUCAGAAAUCCUGAUGGCACAUCAUCUUACGAAAGCAAUGCUCGCUUUGUGAGGUGGUCUGAUGGCAGUUUGCAGUUAUUAAUUGGGAAUGAAGUUCUUGACAUAUCAGUACAAGAUGCACAGCAUGAUCAGGCACAUCUUUUCCUCAGACAUGGGAAGGGCAUUCUCCAAUCACAAGGAAGGUUACUAAGGAAAAUGAAGUUUAUGCCAUCUUCGUUGUCAUCAAAUUCUCAUCGACUGCUGACUGCUCUUGUUGACUCGAGGCACAAGAAAGUUUACAAGGUUAAAAACUGCAUUACUGAUAUUGAUCCUGAGAGAGAGAAGGAGGAAAAAGAAAAGGCUGAAAGUCAAACAAUCAGGGCUAAUGUACUGCUUAAUCGUAAGCGUGAGAAGGUUAACAGGAAAUAUCCUCCAACAGUGGAUAGGAGGCGUCAACUAUCUCCUGGGUUUUUGGAGGAUGCUUUGGAUGAGGAGGAUGAAACAGAUUAUUAUGAUUCUCGUCGAUCUCAACGCCGCUUUGAAGAUGAUUUGGAACUUGAGGCUCGGGCAGAGAGACGAAUUAUGAAUGCCAAAAAGUCGCAGGGACCGAAAGAUAUUCCUCGCAAAUCAUCCAUGCCACCUGCUAAAUCCUCACGGCGCCCAGUGGAUUAUUCAGAUGAGGAGAGAGAGGAAUCUGAGUAUGAAACUGAAGGUGAGGAAGAUGAGAGACCUGUUUCACGUAAAAGGGCUGAAGACACUGAGCCAGAAUAUGAGGAUGAGGAAGAUGAAGAGGAAGAACAUUAUGAAGAAGAGGCACAAGUUAAUGAUGCAUCAGAGGAGGAACAGGAAGAAGAGGAACCAAAGCAGAAGAGCAAGGAGACGAGAGGCAGUGUGAAAAGGAAGGGAUUUGAAUCGGAUGAGGACUCUCCUCCCAGAAAACCAACCACCGCUAAGCGCCGAAUGGCCGUUGUUUAUGAUAGUGAUGAUGAAUGAAUGAAAGAUGAUUUCAGGCCUUAAUUUCAUAACGUGUAACCUUAUAUAUAACCUUUGACUCUCAGUGCGAUAUAUUUUUAUUCUUGUCAUUAGAUGUACCAUCACAUUUUUCUAAUGAUUUAUUUAUCAUUCUGUGUAA